CACAAGCCAUCAGAUAAACUCUAGAGCGGAUCUGAUAAAGAAGCACUUUCCUCACUUGCAUUUCCGUCUGUUCACCGGGUAUUCACCGUAUUAUGACGACUAGCGAGCAACCAAUCACGAUUCAGUAUAUGCAGCACGCAACCCCACAAAAUGUCGAGCGAUGGGAAUAAAACCAGCAUGUCUGCCACCAGAAUAUCUACCAUUGCGCCAACCUCACGCAAGAAAAGAAGUAUGGCCUCUACUUUCAAAUCAUUUUUAGGCACGGCAAAGCAAACUAUCUCGGGUCAAUCCACUCCAAUUCCAGGAACUCCAUCCGGAAAUACUCCAAUCGAGGAUCUAUUCCCAAAAGUUGACCCAGCUGUGGAUGGAGACGAUUGUGACCAUGAUUGCGAAUCGUGUCAUGUAAAAUAUCCAAAGGGGUUCAAGAUAGAUGAGGAUGAUAAAUUAUAUGGUCACGUUAAAGGAUGGAGUACACAUAUUCUGGUUGCGACAGGAAAGUCGGAUUGGGUAAGGGAUGUCGCUGAUGAGAAGGGGAGUGUGAUGCAAGCAAUCGACCAUGCUUCUGUUAAACCAAGCAAUGGGGUUAGUGAAUCUUUUUCUGCUAUCGAAGCCAUACACUAUUGCGAUUUGGGACAUACUGACGAUCCACCAUAGAAGCUUAUGCUAUCUGCCUCGAAUAUACCCACUCCUUCGCAUUCCGCAGACUACUCGCAGCCUACGACCGUUAUCCUAUUGCCUGCAUUUAUCGUAAUCGAGAACGUUACUCCACGAUCGGUACCAACUCUGAUAACAGAGUUCAUUGACAAAGCUCCUACCAAUACGACACCUCUGGGACCUAUUUCGAUACCCAAGUCACUUCCCGAUCCUCUUCCAUCCGCAGAACAACUUACAUCUCGACCAUCACCACAUCGCGCGCUUAUUCUUCUUUGCUCACAAAAAACUCGAGAUGCAAGAUGUGGACAAAGUGCGCCAUUACUGAAGAAGGAAUUCGAAAGGCAUCUAAGGCCUCUUGGGCUCUUCCGAGAUCUUGAUGAUGAUCGACCAGGAGGAGUUGGCAUCUACUUUAUAUCUCACGUCGGAGGACACAAAUAUAGUGCAAACGUCAUGAUCUACCGAAGAUCCGAUGCGUUCGGGUUGGAUGCUGUUGAAAGGGCCAACGUCGAUGGAGAUAUUAUGCCGUCGAGUCUUGUACCUGGAGAAGAAGAUGAGAAAGGUGCUGCUCAAUGUAUGUGGCUCGCCAGAGUGAAACCAGAAGAUUGUGAGGGUAUUGUGAAAUUUACCGUUUUGCAAGGGAAACUCAUUAAACCCGAGAGUCAAUUGCGAGGUGGAUUCGAUCGGCAAAAGGGAGUAUUUAGUUGGUAAAGGGUAAAAAUAGAGGGAAGGAAUUCAUUUCAUGUUGGGCGACGAUUUAAAUGUUGUUUAGGAAGUUUUAGAUGAGAUAUGGAGCAGAUAUCUAAUCAUCUUUUGGUUAGAUGAUACAAAGACAAAUGGCCCCUCAAUAGAAAGAAGUUUGGGGUUACAGUAGGCGAGCCCCAUCAAAUUAUUGAAUAUCUGCUUCCGAUUUGCAUCUCAAAGCUUGGUAAGUGAAUAAUAAACCGUAUCUAGAUAGGAGCAUCUAGGUCGGAGCUACCUGGCAGCUACCUGGCAGCUACCUAGUUAAUGAUUGUAAGUGGAAAAGUUGGCAUGUUUUGAUUCAAGGAUCAUGAAAUAUGGGAAGGAGUAAAGAGCAAGGAGUUAUCGAGUAGAUGGAGAAUACGGAGUAGUUAGGUCGUAAUACACAGCUAAUGAUUGGGAACAAUAAGAAAGAUAAAAUGACCUCUUUGGGAUUGGAUUGGACAUAUCUGGGUGUAAUUUGAGGGACAUUGGUG